GGAAAAAGAUCCCACCUCACAGCUCAGUUAUCAUCACUGUGAUUCAUCAGCUGCUGUCUCCUGGGCAGGUCUGACUGCUGAUUGGGCACRGGACUUCUCAAGGUGUGUCUAUUGCCAAGAAGCUUUUGCAUUUUAAGAGCACACAGUAGACCAUUCUAGCCUCCUGCUAUGGACUUAUUCCAUCUUACAGAAGUUGAUCUCAGAAAGCUGGGAAUUGAAAAUCAAGGCCACCAAACACGCCUCAUUUCCAAUAUCCUGCUGCCUCAGGAGGUAAAACAAAAAAGAGAACCAAAAAUGAUAGCUGCAGGGAAAUUUUCAAGUCUUCCCAGAAACGGCCCAGUGAACCACCAGUUCUCAUUAGCUUCUUCCAUGGACCUUUUGACCACAAAACCUUCACCAAUCGAGCAUCGCUCAAACUCCUUUCAAGGCGUCUCUAUCCAUGGCACUCUCCCCAGGAAGAAGAGGGGGACAGUUCCCCCCAGGUCUUGUGAUAUGUUUAGCCAUGUGGGAACAUUGCCUUGCACCAGAACACGGCAGCAGCCACCUUUUGUACAGGAUGUUAUAGAAGAGUAUGCUCCAGAAAAUGGGAAGAGCCGUGAACUCCACGCCAGAGAUCAGAAUAUUCUGGAUCCUACAUUGGAAUAUGUUAAGUUUUCUAGGGAGAGGCAGGUUAUGGACAACAGCCCGGAAAAACUGAAGAAGGAGUUAGAGGAAGAACUGCAGCUGAGUAGUGAAGACUUGCGUAGCCAUGCCUGGUACCACGGACGUAUUCCUCGGCAGGUGGCAGAAAGCCUGGUUCAGCGAGACGGAGAUUUUCUGAUUAGGGAUUCUCUCUCCAGUCCUGGGAACUUUGUUCUCACGUGUCAGUGGAAAAAUACCUCUCAGCAUUUUAAAAUCAACAAAUCAGUUCUAAGACUCAAUGAAGCCUACUGUCGUGUUCAGUAUCAGUUUGAACUGGAAAGUUUUGACACUGUCCCUGGCUUAGUUCGAUACUACGUUGGGAAUCGCACGCCAAUAUCAAAGCAGAGUGGUGCAAUUAUUUUUCAGCCUAUCAACAGGACUGUKCCUCUCAGGUGUCUAGAAGAAAAAUAUGGUGUAACUCCAGUCCACAAAAAAGAGCCGAGCGCUCCUGAAGGAAAAACAGAAAUGGCAAAAAGGCUGAGUCUUGGUAUGUCCAGCAUGCAAUCCCCGGAGCAGAGCAUACUCAGAGGAAAUCUUUUGAGAAACAAAGAAAAAAGUGGUAGCCAGCCAGCUAGUUUGGAUCAUGUUCUGGAGAAAAGAUUUCCUUUAAAGGCUCACCAGUCAGAGAGCUAUCUGCUAAUAGGUUCAAGACAUCCAUCUCGAUUACCUGAAGCAGAUACAAACUCCUGUCCAGGCUCACCUGCAUUUAGAACAGGUAGUGAACCAUCUCUGAGCCCCACGGUUGUUCAGAAAGUCACCUCAGAGUCACAGCUGGGGGAAGCUCUUAGAGGAUCAGACAGUCAGCUCUGUCCAAAGCCUCCACCUAAACCCAGCAAGGCACCCGUCAUGAAGUCCCCAGAUUCUCCUUUGACUUCCCACAAUUCUGAAGAACACUAUUGUGAACUAAACCCCUCCAGACAUGCUACAGCAACAAAACAACACUUAUGUCAGAAAAACAGCUAUGUGGAACAUCUGGCACGAAAGGAGAGGACAACAUUCAGGAACUCCGAAACAAGCUAUUUGAUCCUUGAUGAUGAUCCUACAAUGAACUCUGCAGAUCCUUUAAAAGCUUCAGCUCAGAUGGCUGAAGAGGACAGCAUCUUUUCUGCACCUGUUUAUGAGAUGGUGUCUAGUUUUAAACCAAAUGAUUUUGAAUCCAAACUACUUCCUCCAGAAAACAAGCCUUUGGAAACAACAAUGUUAAAAAGAGUUAAGGAGCUUUUCACCAACAAUAACCCAAAGAUUAUUGCACAGCAUAUCCUUAGAAUGGACUGCAAGGUGGCAAGGAUAGUAGAAGUUUCUGAAGAGAUGAGGAGGAAUAUGGGAGGGAACUCUGGUCUUGAACUGAUCACCCUGCCUUACGGACAUCAGCUGCGCCUUGACCUCAUUGAGAGGCACAAUACCAUGGCAAUAGGAAUAGCUGUGGAUAUAUUGGGUUGCACAGGAAGUGUGGAAGAUAGAGCAGCAACAUUAAAUAGGAUCAUCCAAGUUGCUGUAGAGUUGAAGGAGUCACUAGGGGAUUUAUAUGGAUUUUCUGCCAUUAUGAAAGCACUGGAAAUGCCCCAGGUCAGUAGAUUAGAACAAACCUGGACUGCUCUAAGACAUUGCUAUACCCAGACUGCCAUUAUGUAUGAAAAACAGCUGAAACCAUCUUGCAAAGCUUUGCAUGAAGGACAAGAUGAGUGGACUAAAACUAUCAGUGCUCCACAGAACAUCRUAACAGUGCCACUGCUGAUGCCUCUGAUUACCCUGAUGGAGCGCCAGGCUGUUGCUUUCGAAGGCAUGGAGCUGUGGGAAAGCACUGACCAAAGUGGUGAGAUAAUGCUCAGGCACUUGGGCACAGCUCGCCUCAUCGCCCAGAACGCACAGACGUUUGGCCUCACGGCAGAGCGGCUCCUGGAAGGUUUUCAGCCAGAUGAAGAGCUGAGUGAAAUCUUCAAGACAGAAUUUCAAAUGAGAUUGCUCUGGGGCAGCAAAGGAGCCCAAGUUAAUCAAAGUGAAAGAUACGAGAAGUUCAGCCGGAUCUUAACUGCACUUUCCCGAAAACUGGAACCUCCUCCAGUGAAGCUGGUGGAACAAUUAAGUAUAUAAGACUCUGGGAGCACUAUUUAAGUAAUACACUUGAAAUAACCUUAGCAUUCUUCUGGCAAUUUGAUAAUGCAUUUCUUGCAUUUCACAAGAUGUUUAGAACUUUUAACUGCACAAUGCACACUUGUUUUAAAACUACUGAUUUCUAAACAAAUUAUUUAUUUACAGUGUCACCAAGUCAUUUGCUGACCCCUUUAAACAGUUAGAUUAUGCUUUUAUUUCCUCAGAGUUGCAGUGUUUUAAUGAUGAYGAGGAGCAAGGGCAUUGGUAUCUUAAUACCAAGAUGAAGCAAAUAGUGUAAAUAAAAUGAUAGAUUACGUAUCUGACAUGGCAGAAAAUUUGUUGUAUAAUAUUCCUUUAAUGAAUAUAAAACACUGUAGAUAGCAUUGUGAAGUGUGUCUUUAUGCGAAAUAAUUUGCAUAUUUACAGAUCACAGAAAUACUGCAAGUUGGUGAAAUAAUCUAUUAUCUGUAACCAGAGGGCUCAAACAUCACUGUGCCUAUAAAACUAGAAAAUUAAUUUGUGUAUGUGUUGGGACAACUUCCCCUUUUUUUUAAGACAGCAUCUGUAGUACUUCAGCUUUUGCUGGAGCCUGCACAACAGCCACGCUGCCAGGAAUGAAUGAUGAAAAGGUGAGAACAAACAAUCCAGAUAAUUAAAAUGCUUUCAGACAUGAGUAAAAGUGGGUGUAUGUAUGUAUUAAACUUGCUUCAUUUACUAAGGUGAAUCACUUUGGUAAGAACUUUUUCUUCUUCCUUGGAUGAAGGCAAAGCAUAAGGUGUUACUAUGUUACCACUUUUUAUAGRAAAUCAGCAUGCACAAUGUUUAUUAUACAAAGAGAGUUUAAGCAGCAAAUCCCACUUUGUCACACAGACGGUGUCUAAGGGUUAUCCUCAGAAGCUGUACAAAUAUUUAAGAACUACAAUCAGAGCUGCAUGUGCUUGUUGUCAGUAAGCCUAUUUCUGGAAUGAGAUGUUAGAGCAUUGAAAGUACUGGAGUAGGACAACAACARAACCAACACCAGAAUCUGUUCCUCCCAUCUACAAUCACAAGUAGCACCAGAACAAGAGUUUACAGACCUCAAACUGAACAUUACCCUGUCAGGCUUAACAGAAGACAAAUGGAGAAGCUAAUGACUUAGACCAUGAAAAGAUUUUUUUAUUCCAUGAAAAUAUUCUCAACAGAGAACACUAUUUUUAAACAAAGCAUUUAACAUUUAAGAAAUCAACAUGUGCACAAAAAGGAUUAAAAAAUUACUGGAAAAUGUCUGAUUCUUUAAGACAACUCAUGUUCAGAAUUUUAGAAUAAGUA